AUGGCUUCGUCUUGCACCUCUAGAUUACCUUCUUGUUGCCUGUCCUUCCUCGUUCUCAUCCUGGUCUUGGCCACGGUACAGGUGGAGAGCCGACCAACACAACAGCGAUCAGACGACCAGAUUCUGAGAGACCUGUUUGGCCAGGAGAUCUCUUCUCUCCUAUUGGCUUCCGAGAGGAGGUCAGAGGUCACAGAGCCAGAGGGAUCGGCAAGCGGGCCGCCGGCACUUCUGUCCAGCAGCAGUCGUGCCACGUCCGAGAGCGUGGCACCGCCACCACCAUCGGCGCGGCACAGCCCAGUUCCACCGCAGCGCGUCCUGAAGCUCCUGGGCCACCAGAGGAAGUUCAACAACCGUAACAGGAAGUCAACAGGCCGGGGCUGCUUCGGCCUGAAGGUGGACCGCAUCAGCAUCAUGAGUGGGCUGGGUUGCUAGGCAACCGAAGCGAACCGCAGAGACUAUUUUCUUUGUUUUUGUUUUGUUGUUUUUUUUUGUUUGGUUGUAAUUUGCAUAGCAAAGAAACCAACUGAUCUGACCACAGCCCAAUUAACCCCAUUACUGACAGAUGGCAGGUGGGCGGACGGGCAGAAAAGAGUGCGCAAAAAGCACCUCUAGAAAAACAGCACUUAAAACUCUCUUCUGAAGACACUCUAUGAGCCCCUUAUCUGAGUGUAUUCGCUCCUGACCAGAGGUAUUUCUUUAAGAAAAACCUCAGUGCGUGUAUGUGUCCGUGUGCAUGCGUGUGUGGGCGUACGUAGGCUAUGUGUAGGCCUAGUAUUUGUAACAAGGAGUAGAAUACUCCUACAUGUAGUAUGUUAACAUAAA